AUGGAAGUUCGCCACUCCGAGUUCGGCCUCAGCACCUUCGUCAUCCGCGUGACUUCUCGUGACUUCGGCCUUCCCGCGCCUCGGACCUCCUCUCCCCGCUUCGGCACCUGCACUGCUUUCUUCUCCUCCAACUACACACUCACAACCCUCUCGCCCCCGACUCUUACGUGCUCCUCAACCAAGCUCCAUUACGUGUUCCUCGGCCUCAACCCUAUUACGUGA